AUGAACCAGCAACACUCCCACAAUUCCAGCUUCCAGCACCAGCGGCAAACAUUCACGAGACGGAGAGAUGAUGGCGAACAAAAUGACAGGGGACAUAAAUUUUCCAAAUCAGACCACCACCUCUCCGAGUCAACAACUCGGCAAACAACACCCAGCACUCAGACUUUAAGCACCAGAAAGGAACUUUACGAAAGAGACUUCCCCUUGUACAAGCAACCUGUCGAACUCGGUUUCUUUUCUCUCGACUCCGAGCGCAGUUUUUUUAACGACAGCAGGCAGAUGAGGUACUACGCGGAACCUGAUAAAUGCCCACAUUUUGACCUAAGGGAUGGAUAUAGAGACCGUUACAUAAAGAGGGAUGACAGCGUGAAGGAAAAGCUAGACCACAUCCUGCGUUGGAUCUUGGCGAACAGACAUAAGCUCACACGGAAGGCGGAGAAGUCAUCUUCAUCAGGUUUGGAAGUGGACUUUGUGACGUGGCGAGGCCAUUUGACCAAACUACUGACCACACCAUACGAAAUGCGAGAGGGCUGGUUGCUGGCCGUCACCAGGUUCAAGGGAAGCCUUUACAUCAGCGAAGUGGAAACGGACACCGCUCGCUGGGAUCGAGAGAAUCGCACUGAGAGGCACCAGGAGAUGAUGUACUGGGGGUACAAGUUUGAGCAGUACAUAUGUACAGACAAGAUGGAUGGUGACCCCGAUUCAAGCGGCGUGGUCAACACUAACGAGGCCUUCUGCACCGUGGUCCAAACACGUCUCUCGGAUCACAGGCUGCUGUUCUCAGGCGAGGUGGACUGCCGGGACAAAGAUCCAAACACUCCGGCUCCUCCGGCAUGCUACGUGGAGCUCAAGACAUCCGCGGAGAUCUGUACUCCCAAACAGCGGAGCAACUUUUACAGAUUUAAGCUACUCAAGUGGUGGGCACAGUCCUUCCUCCCUGGAGUCCCUCGCAUUGUAGCAGGUUUCCGGGAUGACAACGGAGUGGUCGUCUCCGUGGAGACCUUUCACAUCUCCAAGAUUUCGCGGCUCAUUAAAGCCGAGGACAAAUGUUGGAGGCCGACAGUCUGCAUGAACUUCUGCAGUGACUUCCUGUCUUUUGUCAAGAGUGUGGUGACUGAAGACAACCCGAAUGUGGUGUAUCUGUUCUGCUGGAACCCUCGCUGUGAUGUGACCUACUCAGUCCACAGAGACUCUCCUUAUUCCUUUUUGCCAAACUGGUACGUGAAGGAGAUGGGCUAA